CAAAGUUGACUAGUUGAAACCCUCUUAAGUGCUUGGUUACUACAGUCACCAACACCAUAUACAAGACUUGUUUCUGAGCUAAAGUAUCCAUACCAUACCAACCCUAAAAAUGGCUCAUGCGUUCUUCAAGAUCUUGCGCGAUCCAUCCGCCCCUCGCCUGUCAUUGCCACCUGAUUUUGUUAGAGAGUAUUUGAAGAACAAUAUCCCAACAGGCCCAGUAAUCAUAUCAGCAAGUGGAGGGCAUGCUUGGAUAGUGAAGAUCAAAAAGAUUGGUGAUCAUCACUAUUUCACCAAUGGAUGGAAAAAUGUGGUGAAAGAUAUCCCCUUGGUUUAUGAGAAUUUUCUUAUCUUUCGCCUUGUUAAUCCUUACACAUUCGAUAUGACAAUCUUUGGUAAAAAUGGAUGUGAACAAAUCUUGCCCCCAAAGUCUGAAGAUGAUGAUCAUGAAGAUGUUUCUGGUGAGUUUGAAAAUGUUGUAGAUGAAGAUGAUAAAGAUGGAGAAGAGGAAGAAGAUCAUGAUGAUGAUUGUUAUGUUGAUGAUAAAGAUGGAGAAGAGGAAGAAGAUCAUGAUGAUGAUUGUUAUGUUGAUGAUGAUCCUUUCUUUGUGAUGACUUUCACUAAAAGCCACAUAAGACGGUUGCGGUUUCCGGGGAAAUUUGCGGAGUGGGCCGGAAUAAAUGGUGAAGGAACCAUGAGGGUGAAGAAUCUUGAUGGAGCCGAAUGGGUUACGAAAGUGAAGCUGGACACAACGUUUAAAACAAAAAGGUAUCUUUUGUCGUCUGGGUGGCGUAGUUUCUGGCAUGAAAAUAAUUUAUCGCAAGGAGACGAAUGUGUGUUCAAGUUCAUCAGAAGCGAACGUAAGUUACUACUAGCAAAAGUCACCAAGAAAAAGCUGAAAAAACGCCACGGCUAUUAAGCGAAGAGACAAAAGUGGUGAAGAAAAGGAUUAGGUGAAG